CUGGGAGUACACGUGUAGUCUUGGAUGUGGUGUUCCAGUACGUAUAAAUACCCCCCGAGCCCUCUUCACCUUUCCCUCGGUACUCCAUCAAGAAAUUGAAGUCCCGAAGAAGAAAAAGAGAGAGAGGGAGGAGAAAUGGCGGACAAGUCGGAUAUGAGGUACAAAGCUGGACAGGCUACAGGUCACGCUCAGGUCAAGAAGGACGAGAUGGCGGAUAGUGCGCAUAAUGCAGCUCAGCAAGCAGGUGGUUAUGUGCAGCAUGCUGGAGAUCAGAUGAAGAACAUGGCUCAAGGGGCAGCGGAUGCCGUGAAGAAUGCCGUGGGGAUGGAAGGCAGCACCACUACUACUACUACCAAGCGUUAGAUAGAGUCUCCGUUUGCAGCCUUCUGUUUCCCUAGGCUGUCUUUUGUUGCAGAUGAAGUGAGGGAAAGGAAAUGAAGAACAUUUCCCCUCCAUUUUUUAUUCUUUUAAUUUUUUUAUUCCUCUUCUUCCCGGUGUUGAAUUAAUAAGCUGGGAGACUGGCUGCAGAUUUUUGUUUUUAACAACUACGUACUAUCAGUUUUUUUGAAGUUUUGGAUUCAACUAGUGGAUUGUGAUUGAA